AUGACCGCCCCUCGACGAGCGCUGAAGCUCUCGACACUCGCUCUGACUUCCGACACGAACGACUUCUGCAGCUCCGUCACGUCCUGUCUGAAGGACGGCAGCUCCACGUGCGACACGACCACUCGUGGCGGCGACUGCCCGCCGUGUAUCUACGUGCUGGACAAUACGUUCACGUGCUGGGAGAAGGACAAUGCGACCAACACGUGCCCGUUCACAGGCGUGCGCUACGAUUGCUCCGAUUCAUGGAGCUCGAUGACGAUCAUUCCUAGUACAAGUACCAGCAGUAGUAGUAGCCGUGCGUCGCCGCCAGGGGAGCUGCUGGACUAUCCCACGCCGUCGUCGUCUUUGGUGUCACCCGAUACGAAGGCUGAAAGCGUGAACGCCACCAGCAUUGGCGGUCUCAGCUUCGAUGUCGUCACAUAUGGAGCUAUUGGGCUCGCUGCUUUGCUCGUCUUCUUAUUACUCCUCGUCCUCUGCGCUCGGAGACGCAAGAUGCGUCGUCAUCGGGAGGAAAACGUUACAAUCACAGGAGCUGGUGGCAACUUUAGCCACGGCAUCAGCGUCGUAACCGACAAGCGUCCGCGUGGGUUGUCCAAGUUACGGGAUGAUGGAUACACUAGCUCGUACAACAACGUUCUGGACACGAACAAGGUCAGCUAUACGCGUCCAGACGUGAGCUCUAGUGGGAGCAACGAUGAUGUACGGAAGAAUUCGCCUCUCGGACGUGUAAACGGCUUAUUGCCGCGCUUGCCUCUGAACGAAUCUCCGCGCAGCAUGGAUGGCAUGCUGACGGACUCGCCCCAUUCUCCUCCAGUCCUAGGUGGGAAAUCCAGUUCCUACAAGGGCAGUGGACGUAGCAAUCUUCCGCCUGCUGUUGCGGCUGGCAUGAGCGGCUUCUCGAAUGUGAGCGACUAUGUACAGCAAGACGUUUCGUCUCGAUGUACGUCCACUCCGAACGUCUUUGCUGAGUAUUUGCGAAUGAAGGAAGAGAUGCAGUACGAUGAUGAAUGCGUUAGCAGUGUGGUGGAUGGAUUGAGUGCAGUCAGCUUUAGCGAUACUAUCAGUGACCUGGACAGCGGCAAGUACUCGUUCGCAUCGUCCCAUGACGUUAGUCGACCCCCGAAGCGGCGGACAGACGUCGACGGUCGUUCUUCGGUAUCCGACUCCAUUGCCGAUUCCAUCGCGGACUCGGUCACGGACUCGGAGUAUGCAGAGCAAAUACGUGCACGUGGUGGCAGUGAGUGUGACAGCGAGAUGUCCUACAAUGACGAAAAGUACUCGUUCAGUAGUCUCGAUGGCCUCGAUGACAGUCAGGUCCGAGUGGGCAAACGUGAAGUUGAGAUUUAA